AUACAUAUGCAACUCCCGCGCAAACUCCCGCAGCCGCGAUCGAAUCCGAAUCGAAUUGAAUGAAAAUUGAACUGUCAAUCCUUUAACUUUUGCAAAAAUGUGAAUGUCAUAAUGAAUCGCGAUCACCCCGAAGAAUACUUGAAGUCUGACCUUCUAUAUGAGCUUUGUUUACGUCUGAGUAAGAAUGAGAAAGGUGUCAAUCCAACUCAUCUGUUCGACAUUGCAAGCAAAUCACUGGACAAACACAAACCUGUAUCUGAUGCCUCUGUGAAUGAGUUUGGUGUUGAAAUCAUCAAGAGGAAACUCUCCGCAGCUAAUAAAGAAGACGCUGCAAUCUUCCGGGAUUUGCAUCGGAAACUAAAGACGCAUUGUGUUCUUAAGAAGAGGGCUGAAAUAAUUUCUUUACUUAGCAGCUUAAGUAACGUUACAAUCCCUCCUGAUAGACCUGAAAAAGUUUUGUUGGAAAUGCCUUUAAAUACUUUGGCUAAUAUGGAAUCGCUGAAUUUAAACUCGAAAGGAAAAGCAUGGGAUAGAAACUGGGAGAAUAACAAUCCCACAAGCCUGCCAGCAAAGAAAGGCCCACUACAGAGUGCAGGCGCUGUGAAUCAUGUGUCCAGUCCUAGAGCAGUGUGGACUGAAGGUGCUAGUGCUGCCCCUGGUCCUUUUGAUUUACCCAAUGUUUCUGAACAAACUAUUAUUCAAGAGCUGCUGUACAGCUUCCAGGGUAUUGAGGGCAAAAUACUGAAACGUGAUCCUACUUCAAACGGAUUAUAUAUCAGUCACAAAUAUCAGCUGUCAAGACCCCAACGUCGAACUGUUGAGCGUUUAGCAGAGAUAGGAUGGUUGCAUAACAAACUGGAAGCUUUCCGUGAUGCAGACAAGCACCGCUCUGUUAGUAAGGGGCUUAUCACGCAGGCUUUGAACACUGAGAUUUCCAAUGAUUUGUCUGAGUUUUACAGAGUAUUGGCUGACCUUCAAUCUCAGCUUCAGCAAACUGAGAGAACCAUUGAGUCACCCAUGUCCGAAGGGGUAUCAAGAGGCUCUGCAGGAUCCCUCAAUCAACCUGGUUUGACUCUGCUUCAACUUGAAGUGCAUAUGUGCCAACCACUAUGCCAUUUGAAGUGGUUGGUUACUAUUUGUGAAGCAUGCCAAGAUCGAAAGGGAGGCGCUCUGGUUUCAACUGUUCAUGGCUUUCUACGUCAUGGAGACUCAUAUGCCCGCAAUGUUGCCCGAUCGAUUCUUGUUGCUGUGUGCAAGCCGCUUUAUGCUAUGUUGUCUAGAUGGAUAUUAGAUGGAGAACUUGAAGACCCAUUUCAGGAAUUUUUCGUACAAACCAAUUUGCAGAUUAAAGGGGAUGAUCAACUUUGGCAUGAAAAAUAUAAAGUUAGAGAAUCCAUGGUUCCAUCAUUUAUAUCCAUGAUUCAAGCUCGCAAAAUUCUAGCUACCGGGAAAAGUAUUAACUUCUUACGUCAAGUGUGUGAAGAUCAUUCACCAGUCAACAGCCGAGAAAUUUUGAGACGAGCCCUUCAAAAUACUAGUGAUGAAGCAUUAUUUUCUUUGGACCAUCAUAGCGAUCUCCAAAGUUUAAUGAACACUACUUAUCUUGAAAUAUCUUCUAGGGUUCUUGAUGUUCUUAACAGUAAAUAUAAAUUCAUGGAACAUAUGCAAGCUUUGAGGAGAUAUUUGCUGUUGGGGCAGGGUGAUUUCAUUCGCCAUCUCAUGGAGCUCCUAGAGCCUGAAUUGCGGAAGCCAGCAUCAGAUCUGAAUUCACACAACCUAACUGCCAUUCUUGAAUCAGCUAUUAGAGCUACUAAUGCACAAUUUGAGGAUGCAUCAAUCCUUGAGAGACUGGAUGUUCGCUUACUUGAACAUAGUCCUGGGGACACUGGUUGGGAUAUAUUCAGUAUGGAUUAUCACAUGGAUGGACCAAUAGGAACUGUGUUUUCAUCAUGCACUUUGUCAUACCUAAUGCUCUUUAAUGCUCUUUGGCGUGCCAAGAGAAUUGAAUGGAUUUUGUCUCUCAUGUGGAAGCGCCUAACUACUUCUGCAAAAAUGUUGCCCAAGAUUCCAGAGCUGUCACCUGUUCUCCAACAGUUGUACCUUCUAUCUGCAGAAAUGAUACAUUUGAUUCAUCAGCUCCAAUAUUACUUCCUAUUUGAAGUUAUGGAAUGUUCAUGGGACAAGCUUAUAUCCAAUGUUCAGCAAGCUGAUGGCUUGGAUGAUAUCAUUAAAGCACACAGCCAAUUUCUUGACAGAAUUAAGGCUGGCGCUCUUGUUGAUGAUUCUUCUGAGGAACUAUCAACGCAAUUGCGAACUAUUUUUGACUUGGCUCUUCAGCUUCAAGCCCGAGAAGAGAAACUGCAUGCGUGUGUAGUUCGAGAAGUGAAGCGGAGGGCGGAUCUUGAGAAAUAUAUUGAAGAGCAUGGAACCAAUGCUGAAAUUGAAGAACAAAACCAAAUUGCAAUCAAAGAGUUUGAAGCAUUUUUGUCUUCAGCAAGAGUUGGGCUUCGUGUCUUGGCUCAAAGUUACCAGGAAGUAGUUAAAAAGUUUCUACUCCUUCUUACCACUCAGCCAGACAUUUGCUUACAGCUAUUGAGCUCUAGACUAGACUUCAACGAUAAUUACAAACGUCAAGAUAACCGUCUUACUGCACCCUUGACCUUUCAACAUAGGAGGCGCAGUGAAAUUCCUGGGUCACAACCAUCUCCAUUAUCCACAUUCCGAACUCAGUCAGAGCUCUUGUGAACCAAUAAACUUAUGGUUAUCUAAUGUGUUAGCUGAUGCCGACUUAAAUCUCACCUAUAAGUAGAAUAGUUCUCAUUAAUUUCUAAUUUUGUCUUGUCUUUUGAUAACAAAUGUGCCAUGCUGGUGCCAUUGUGUUGUAUCUUUAUGCGUUUUCUUUGUGUGCACAUAACUUUCAUUAUAUGCCAUCAAGAGCUUUGAUCUCAUUCUUUUUAACCAAAAUCACUUAGUUGUUGAUUAAUUUUAUCCUGGAGAAUGAUUACCAUCAAAAUGAAAUGCCCUUAUUAAUUUACGCUUUGUGAAAGAAUUCACAAACAUGUCUGGGUGAGAUGUUAGUCUCUUUGCACAAUCGACUUGUAGUCUCAUCUGUUGGAUGUACCUCAGUUCAUGCUCUCUUUUAUCGUAAUAUGAGUGAUUUUUAAGGUAGUUAAGGCAGACUACACGGUAAACACGCUCUGUCUUCCCUGGCAUUUGUAGGUAGCUUUUUCUUCUUAAAAAAAAUAAAAAUCAAAUUGAUAUUCUGAAGUUGUCCAUUAGUAUUGUAUCAAUGUAGCUCUCAAAACCUGCAAUUGUGUACUAUACAAAUUUUAUCCAAUUUUAAUA